AUGCGCGUCCCUUACGCCCCAAACGAGCCCCCAAAUGAAGAAGCUCGUCCGAUCUACGAGCGCAUCGCCGAGCGACGAAAGCCCCGCCCCCUCAUCCCUCUCGACCUCGCCCUCCUACACAACCCCGCCGUAGCGGACGGCUGGAACUCGUUCAUCGGCGCGAUACGCACCAAGACCAGCUUACCUGCCAAUCUCAAGGAACUGGCCAUAAGCCGUAUUGCCGUGCUGAACCAUGCAGUUCAUGAGUGGGAUGUACAUGCCGCUCUAGCCUUGAAAGCGGGCGUGUCCAAACAAGUACUACAGACUGUGUUUGAUUUACCUGUCACAAGACAUGGGGAAGUGGAGAAGGAGGGUCUGUUGGGAUUCAGCAAGGAGGAGUACACGGUCAUGGUAUACACGGAUCAGAUGACUGUGGGUGUGCAAGUGGAAGAUGGGGUUGCGGAGAUGGUCAAGUCGGUGCUGGAGGAUACCAUGGUUGUCGAGUUGACGGCGACGGUCGCGGCGUAUAAUGCCGUGAGCAGAUUUUUGGUGGCCUUGGAUGUAGGAGAGUGCAACGGCCGGGGCAUGAAGAAGGUUGAUGAGCUCUGA